AUGAGUGUAAGGCACCUGUUUGGAGCCUUGCAAUGGGUUACGACAGGGUCAGUUGCUGGACGCCCUCGGGAUAUAGAGGAGCGCGUUGAGCUGAACGGCCUCUCAGUUGGACCAAAGGACUGUGGGCGUGUUGUGGGUGUCGUCAAUCCGCAUCAAAUAACAGAGGAACCGUGCGAUAGUUUAGAGGGUCGAAGUGAGGGCGAACACGACCACCAAAUAUUGAUGGACAGCACGCGUGAAAACUGCGUAAAUGGGAAUGAUAACGUGCCGGUGCAUUGUGGAGAGAAGCAAUCAACGUAUAAGCGUGGUGGGGGUUUCAACAAUGAACAAGUGUUGCUUCAGUGGAAGCUGCGCCAGUUCGAUCAGCUGAGCGCUAAAAUCGAGGCAAACAUGGCCCGGUAUCGUCAAUCAGGUGACCGACGGCGCUUGAACGAGAUGGAAAAAGAACUCCAGGUUAUACGAAUUCUUAGGGGUAGUGCGGUGCGCUGCCUAAAAGAUGUAGAUAAUGCAAACAGCCAAACAAGCGAAAGUGGCGCGCAAAGUCCGGGAGGCGUGUCGCCGUCACCAGUGCUAAGUGCUAGUCCCUCCGAAAGUGCUUCCCAUCCAGCUGAUAGUGUCUCCGAUAAUUGUGUAUUUGACACGCGUGCGCCAGUUGAGAAUGGGCUGUUCCAAACUCCAUUGGCGGCUCCGUCAGGCUUGCCAAGUGGCGCGACUGCCACGGACGCUGUUUUAAAUGAGGCAACACCAGUUCCCUCAACGGGCGUUUCCGCUCCACCAGUGCCCCUGGCGCCACAAUCCCGAGAAUCGUGUAAGGCCGACUCCGACGAUGCCGUUCAUGCACAAGAUGCGCUGCAGCAACCAAAGUCGUAUGAUACCCGGUGCCCUCGUCGCCCCGAGCACCCGGCCGCAACCGCUGUGAAUAAUUCCAUUAGGAAGCAAGGGAUCCAUCCCGCGGGGUCACAUUCUGCAACUCCUGUAAACCGUUUUAGCAGUGCAGGUGGUAAUUCCGAGGGUUGCGGGCCCACAACGAGGGAGGGGUCACCAACAGUUCAGUCUUUCAUGCAUCCGCGCGGAAGUGUGGGUCAGGCACCGACAGCAGCAGCAGUGCAAAAUAAAAAGCCUAAAGAAUGGCAUGGAGAUUAUUUUGAGCCGUGUGACAUAGGCGGGGGUGAGUCUACUUUACGUGAUAAAGCGAGACGCGCUUCAGCAAUAGCCACACCGACUAGUGAAGUUAUUGAUUCAGCAGCGUACCGCGGCUCCAGUGGAACACAAUCUUCAGUUUCAGCGGUUGUUCACGAAAUGUUUAAUCGGUUAAAAAACCGUGGUUCACACUUACAUGGGAAAGUUGCACCACCAGCAGCUCCUAUAGUUCCUCGAAGCGAGGCAGCAGCAGAGGUGUCGGACGGCUUGUCCUCUGCAGCCCAAGCUGUAUCGGUUCUUCGAAAACGUGGCAAUGACCUUGUGAAGAAGGGACAAUACAAGGAGGCCAUACAAGUAUACACAGACGCUAUUAGAUGCGACCCGGAAAACAAUGUUCUCCUAUGCAAUCGAGCUGUUGCCUACUUACUCAACAACCAGUACAGGCUCUCUCUGAUGGAUUGUGAGAAUGUGCUUUACAACUCACCAACCAAUCUUAAGGCUCACUGGCGCGCCGCGAAAGCACUUCUGUAUAUGUAUAGGACGAAAGAGGCACGGUAUCACUACCGAAAGGCCAGUGAGCUUUCUACCAACGCGGCUGAUGAGCGGCUAAUAGCCGAUGAACUGGAACUUCUUCAUUCGGUGGAGAUGUACCACAGCUGCAGUAAGGAAAAACACUGGUCAAAGUGUUUGUGGCACGCUAAACAACUUCUUCAAACUUUUAGCCACAUCAGCCCAAUAAAUAUUCCGUGGCAUUGCCUGAAACUUGAGGCCCUUUUGCAUUUAGACUGCUGGAAAGCAUUGGAGGGUGUCAAGCAACUGAAGAAGAGCCAUCCGACGUGCGCCGAGCUGUUCUUUCUCCAUGCGAAGAGCCUGUUUUACUGCGCACACAAUCAGCGCAGUGUGGCGGAGGCUCUAGAGCUGGUUCGGCACGCAGUUGAGCUGAAAAAGGCUGACGGAGAAGUAGAGGAUAGCCGUUAUAUCGCCUUAGAGCGCAACCUCACGUUAUUUGAGAGAUGUCGUGAUCGCGGUAAUGCGGCAUAUAAGAGCGGAAACUGGUCAGAAGCAUACGAUGCGUAUACUUCCUGCAUUUCGAUAGAUCCACAGAAUACUUCACUUGUUGCAAUGGCAUAUUGCAACCGCGCAGCAACAUGUAUGCAGUGUGGCCGCUGGGCUGAGGCGCUGGAGGAUGUCAAUAACUCUAUUAGCAUCAACGGCACGGCACCUAAGGCAUAUACCCGGAGGGCUCACAUAAACAUCCAUUUAUUUAGCGAAAAAGGUGGAACAGAUAUACGCCUUCUUAAACAAGCUGUUAGCGACCUCCGCACGGUAGUAAAACUUGAGCCAAGCAAAGCAAACAAGCAGCAUCUGGAUGAGGUCGUUAGAAUGACACAAGAAAAAGAAAAACAGAUACAGCGCGCACACAAUGAUAAUUGCAACCGCUAUGGGUCUGGCAGCGAGCGCCAUGACUGGCGUGGUAAAGGACAUCAAAAACAUUCUAGCUCUCCUGGUGCCCAGCAUAAAGCUGAGGGCCAAGACAAUCGACGACCAUCGGUUGCGACCGCAUCACACUCUAGAGCUCAACUUGUGCGGUUGUUGGGGUUGGAGACCACCGCCAAUUUGGAUGAACAGGCACUUGUGAGGGCAUAUCACAAGGCUGCACUUCAGUGGCAUCCUGACAGGUGGGUUGGGGCACCCAAACAUGAACAACAGGUAGCGGAGCAAAAGUUUAAGGAAAUCAAUGUUGCGUAUCAAGCGUUGAAGCAGGUGAUCGGCAAUCGUUGA